UCCGGCCAUGGCCGCGGCGGGGGCUGGCGCGUCCACGGCGCCCUCCAGCGGAGUCAAGCAAGCAUUGAUAUCAUUGUCAGAUAAAACAGACUUGGCCAAUCUUGGAAGAGGUCUUCAGAGCUUGGGGUUUUCUAUUAUCUCCACUGGUGGUACAGCAUCAAGUCUCGAAGCAGCUGGAGUGAAUGUUACGAAAGUUGAACAGAUUACACAUUUUCCUGAGAUGCUUGAUGGAAGAGUAAAAACAUUGCACCCCAGUAUACACGGUGGUAUUCUUGCCCGAAGAGACCAGGAGCAUCAUCUUAAAGCAUUGAAUGAGCAUGGCAUUGGGACAUUUGACGUGGUUGUGGUGAAUUUGUAUCCAUUCUAUAACAAGGUGACCUCCGGUCCAAUUUCUUUUGAGGAUGGGAUUGAAAAUAUUGAUAUUGGUGGUCCUACCAUGAUCCGAGCUGCAGCGAAGAAUCAUAAGGAUGUUCUUGUGGUUGUGGAUCAUGAAGAUUACUCUGCUUUAUUGGAAUAUCUACGUGGACAGCAAGAUGACCAGGAGUUCCGCAGGAUGCUGGCAUGGAAAGCUUUCGAGCAUGUUGCUUCUUACGAUUCAGCUGUCUCGGAGUGGUUAUGGAAGCAAUCUAACAAAGGAGAUAUAUUUCCCCCAAGUUUUACUGUUCCCCUCUCGCUGAAGUCUACACUUCGUUAUGGCGAAAAUCCUCAUCAAAAGGCAGCCUUUUAUGGUGACAAGAGUCUUUCUGUAUACAAUGCCGGUGGUAUUGCAACAGCAGUUCAACACCAUGGAAAGGAAAUGUCAUAUAACAACUACUUGGAUGCUGAUGCUGCAUGGAACUGUGUGUCGGAGUUUGAGAAUCCUACCUGUGUCGUGGUUAAGCACACCAAUCCGUGCGGCGUUGCAUCCCGGCAGGAUAUUCUUGAGGCAUACAGGUUGGCCGUGAAGGGAGAUCCUGUGAGCGCAUUCGGCGGGAUCGUUGCAUUCAACACCACAAUUGACGAGAAUCUUGCAAAGGAGAUUCGUGAAUUCAGAAGUCCCACGGACGGCGAGACCCGGAUGUUCUACGAGAUUGUGGUCGCACCAGGAUACACAGAGAAGGGCCUUGCGGUCCUCAAGGGGAAAUCAAAGACGCUGAGGAUUCUUGAGGCAAAGAAGAGCGAGAAAGGGAUGCUGUCGCUCAGGCAGGUUAGCGGCGGUUGGCUAGCUCAGGAGUCCGAUGAUCUAGCUCCAGAAGACAUCACCUUCACGACGGUUUCCCAGAAGUCUCCUACAGACAGCGAGCUCUCGGAUGCCAAGUUCGCCUGGCUGUGCGUGAAGCACGUCAAGAGCAACGCCAUUGUGAUUGCCAAGAACAACUGUAUGCUGGGCAUGGGGAGCGGGCAGCCAAACAGGGUGGACAGCCUGCGGCUGGCCUUCAGGAAAGCAGGGGAAGAGGCCAAGGGCGCCGCUCUAGCCAGUGACGCCUUUUUCCCAUUCGCCUGGAAGGAUGCGGUGGAGGAGGCGUGCGAGAACGGCAUCGGUGUGAUCGCAGAGCCCGGCGGCAGCAUGAGGGACAAGGACGCCGUGGACUGCUGCGACAAGUACGGCGUCUCCCUCGUCUUCACCGGCGUCCGCCACUUCCGGCACUGAAACCAGAUCGUCUCUCCUACCGUAACUUGGAACCAUUGUCGUGAGUGGGAAACUUGCCGAGCUUUUUCGCAAUAAGACGCAUGCUGCGGGUGAUGAUCCUGGACGAAAGCUAGCUCGUCCAGCAGAACAAUAACAUGAUUGCCACUGAAAGCAAAGCGUUGCGUUAUGCUA